AUGAAGCCGAUCAUUAUCUUAUUGUUAAGCUUAGUUUUACUUUCAGCAGCAAACGAAGAAGCCAAAGGAAGACAGACAAGAGAAUUAGGUGGAUAUGGGCAUGGCUCUUCAAACUGUGGCAAAUCUUACGAUGAUUGUGAUGACUAUUCGCCCUGCAAGCCUUCAAUUCCUAUCCAGCCUACAAACACAUCUAUUAACACAACAGGACCUGCAAAUUGUUCAUGCUCCUGCAAUUGUUCUUGCUGGACCUGCAAUUGUAGCUGCAGUUGCAUUGUCAUUCCGCCUCCACAGAACACAACUCAACCAAACGUGACAAAUUGCACUUGUCCACCAAAGCCUAGCUGCAGCUCACCUUGUGAAAGUGAUGAUUAUUAUGAAUGUGGCCAUGGGAACCACUGGAUCGAAGGAGGAAUCGAUGCAAACAGAAAAUUGCGAGAUGAGCUUAUAAGAUUCGCCGUUCGCCUUGCAGGCUGGGGGAUUUCCACCCCUUCACGUUCAUCCCUCCCGAGCAGACGGACACUCUGCCUGUUGCCGCAAACAGGGAAUUCGCUUACCAGUCUUGACUUCCAUGGGUCCUGGAGUCUAAGGGCCAAAUACCUAGGUAGAAACUCCCAGGUUCUUGUUAGGCAAAUACCGUCUUAAGAGUCUGAGGAUCAUAUUGCCCUCAAGCAUUGGCCGACCUUGCCCUUUCCAAUGCUUGUUCUGCAGGACAAUGUCUAAGUCCAAGGAUUAGCUCCUUGAUACCUGAGGAAAGCCCAGCCCGACAUACAUAAAGGAUUACCACCCCUUUCCACCUAAAUCUCCAUUACUGGGUCAUUGCCUGCUGGUGCUGACUCCCCCCCCCCUCGAAGUUCGACCAAGAUUUUUUGGUCGAACUUCGAGGGGGGUUAAGAAAAUUUUUUUUAAAAAAAAAUUAUAUAGAAUUUUUUUUAUAUAAUUUAGUAGUUAAAAAAAAAAAUAUUUAUCAUAUUCUUCUGUAUGGUUGAGAGGGUAUAAGGGUUAGAAAUAAUAGUGCAAGAUGGUUUUGUAACGCUUUUUUUAGAACUUGAAUACAAAAAAUCGCAAGCUCACCCCCACAUAGUUUAAAAUUCUUGAAAAAUUGCUUAAAUGUCAAAAAAAGCCAUUUUUAAUAAAAGUUUUGAUGGAGCUGAAGCGCAAAUUUACAACGAACUCUGCCAAAAUUGAAAUCAUCGACUAUUACUUUAGCCACAAGGACCAGGGGGUUACUAUGAGAGAGGUUGCAGAGAAAUUCCCAUCUGAACUCUCAUACCUCUCUAGUUGAUUGAAUCAAAAACAUUGACAAGCUUCGGGAAUCAGAGCCAGCCGCUAAAAGGGUAAAGGCAGAGCCUUUUACGCAAUUUCCAAUUCUAGAGAAAGAGCUGAUUCAUUGGUUGAUUGCUGUGAGACAGCAGGGUCAUACUGUCUUAAGAGUGACUAUCGAAAAGAAAGCCAGAGAAUUGAGCUUGCCGCGAUUCCAAUGCGGCCAAGGAUGAUGGGAAGGAUUCAAGACAAGAAAUAAUCUGGCCUACCGUAAGGUCAACGCAUCCAGUCUUAAGCCUCUAGAACGAGAGAAGCAGAACUUGUUAGAGACUAUCUGGACGAGCUGAUGCCUCUUCUCGACAUUUAUCCUUCCUCUACUAUUUACAAUUUCGAUGAAACCAGAUUCAACUGGGAUGUCUGUAGCAAGUAUACCUAUGAUUUCAAAGGUGCUCAAAGAGUUGUGGGUAUCCAAUCAGCUAAAGCCAAACACUCAAUCACUGUGAUGCUUUUGAUCAGAGCAGAUGGUAAAAAGUUUCCUGCGUUGUUGAUCUUUCAAGAGAAAACUGGCAAGAUUCCAUUUCGUUUAUAUGAGCACUUAACUAUCCCUAACAACAUCGUUGUCAAGGCUAACAGGACUGGCUAUAUCACUGAUGACAUGAUCAGCGACUAUCUAAGAACAGUGCUGACAAAGGAAAGGCAGCUCAUCAUAAUGGACCAAGCAACUAGUCAUAAAACUGAUAGAAUUGUUCAAGCGCUAUCUGACUUGCAAGCUCAAAGCAUCAUUAUCCCAGGAGGAUGCACAAAGCAUGUCCAGCCACUUGAUGUCAUAGUCAUAGCCAACUUCAAGAGAAAGACAACUCAGUUUAGGGUUGAGUACGAAACCGAGGAAGUUGAAAGAAGAUCACAAAGAAGCGGAAACAUCAAGGCUCUUGAUAGACAGCAAAUGAUAAACUUGGCCUCAAAGGCUUGGGAGGAAGUGCAUCCAGAUAUUAUCAUAACUGGCUUUCAAUUGACAGGAUCUUAUGGAGUUGAUCACCCCAAGUUUCUUCGCCACCGAUCCAUGCUUAAAAGAGUUAAUUAUUUAAAAAACUCUUAAAAAAAUUAAUUUAAAAAAAACACAUUUGAGAAAAUUUUUUAUAGUGGUGAAGGGGUCAAGUUUUCGAGCUCUAAUUUCAGAAUUGAAAAUUCAGCUAACUCUUUCCUUAAUUAAUCUACUGCCCUUAAAACAAUUGGUCUUUUGAACUAAUUCAUAAGAUCGAAAAAUAAUAUUUUCCUAGUAAAUUUAUAUAGGUCUUGGUCGAACUUUGAGGGGGUUAAUUUUCCAAAAAAAUAGGAAUUUUCCCUAUAUCUUGGUCGAACUUCGAGGGGGGGGAGUGAAGAAACAGGGUCGAGAGCUCGGGUGGUAUGCCAUCACCAUUUUUAUGUAUAUGCGAGAUGAGCUUAUAAAUGACGUAAUAUAA